GCCGGGGCCUGCCCCUGCCCCUGCCGGCAGCGGGCCCGCAGAACUGCCCGCCCCGGCCGUCCAGCCCCGCGUUUCUUUGCACCGGGAGGAGCAAGGGGCUCUGCUGCAUGGGAGGAGGAGCCCCUGGGAAGCCCCUAGGCUGGUGGCAGCAUGCCAGGGGGCGGCUAGGGAAACAAGGAGCUGAGGGCCUGGCCUGGGUCCCUGGGAGGCAGGAGCUGGGCCGCUCGGGGACAUGUCCUGCGUAACCUUGGGAAGGUCGUUUCACCUUUCUGUCUCGCUGCCCCCGUGAACUUGAUGCGGGAAACCCGGGGGAGCGCGGCGGGCCGCAGGAGGAAGGACUGGAGACAGAGCAGGCCGUUCCCCUCCCUUGUGCGGCAGCCAGGUGCUUUGGGGAUUUAUCGCUUCCAGAAAGGCAGAACCUGCGUGUUCAUAUUUUGCAGGGGGAGGGAGGAGGAAGCAGGCGUUUCUGGUCUGCUGGCCCUAAAAACAAUGAGUCAAGUCCCUGAGACUAGUUAGCAUAGCUGUGAACGAGAAGCGGGGCUUCAUUUUCCAGACAGCUGUGGAGCGCAGGCCAUUAGGGACGCUGGUCAUUUGGGCCGUCCUCGCGGUCACGGCACAAUUGGAAGAAGACGGUUUCUCUGUUAGGGAAUACACACCUGAAGGCUCAAGGAAAGCACGAGCUAAAGAGCAUGGGAAAGUGAACUUCACCCUGUUCUUUGGGUUUUGUGUUACGCGUUUCCCUGAAAACACCAGCUAGAACGAGAAGUCCCCUUUUAAACUUAACAGAGUCUCUAUUUCCGUUCGGCAAUGACAUGUGAUUCUGCAAUUCAUGACGAAUUGCUGAAAUCCAGAUGAACAGACCCCAUGCUAAAAAUUCCCUGGGGAACGUAUUUGUGAAUGAAUUGUUUCGUGCAUUAGAAAGUCUCCGUUACGAUGACAAGGUCCGCGUAGUACUGUUUAAAAGUCAAGUAAAAGGCGUGUUUUGUGCAGGUGCUGACUUAAAGGAGCGUGCACAAAUGAGUGAUACUGAAGUGGGACAUUUUGUUCACAGGCUGAGAAGUCUAAUGGAUGAAAUUGCUGCACUGCCUGUGCCCACUAUCGCUGCAAUCGAAGGUUAUGCACUGGGCGGGGGACUGGAGCUGGCCUUGGCUUGUGAUCUUCGAGUAGCAGCUUCUUCAGCCAAAAUGGGUCUGAUUGAGACCACCAGAGGGCUUCUUCCUGGUGCAGGGGGAACCCAGCGCCUGCCCCGCUGUAUUGGAAUAGGUCUUGCAAAGGAGCUCAUUUUCACUGGUAGACAGAUUGACGGACAGCAGGCCUUCUCAAUGGGACUGGUAAACCAUGCAGUACCACAGAACGAGCAGGAGGAUGCUGCUUACCAGAAAGCAUUAGCUCUGGCUAAAGAAAUCGUUCCUCGGGCUCCAAUCGCUGUGAAAAUGGGUAAACUGGCAAUAAACAGAGGAGUAGAGGUGGAUAUUGCUUCAGGGAUGGCUAUUGAGGGAAUGUGCUAUGCUCAGAACAUUCCUACAAGAGACCGGCAGGAAGGAAUGGCUGCCUUCAAGGAGAAACGUCCACCCCACUUCAUUGGGGAAUGAUGAUUCAAAGCUUUCCCCCUUCUUUGGUGGCAGGAUUCCUUAGGAAAUAAAAGGGCCAAGAAGCAGAACCUGAAGUUUAUUGGAAUGGUUAAAUUGCUAUAAAUAAUUUCAUAAACUCUGGCAUGGGUGACAUUCCUGGACACUCCAGAGGAGCCAGUUUUUUAAAGGAUAAUUCUAAUAUGUUCACUGUAAUUAACUGAAUAAGUUAAAAGGCUUAGAUUUGUAAAAUGACGAGUGACUACAAGACAUUGAUUGGGCAUUUCCCUAGUAAUCUGACUCUGAAACAGGCUAGCAGUGAACAUCAGUUAAAAAAAAAAUGGAGCCCAACUCCUUCUAUUAAGUGAGCAUUUCAAACCGGUGGCAAAUUUAGUCAAAAGCAAACUCAUGCCCAGAACUGGUCUUCUGGGACUAGAAGAGUCGUCUUCAGGCACAACAGGGAAAGCAUUUGCUUCUCUUUGUGCCAGCUGGCUUAAGGUAACUACUGGCAACAUUGGACCAGAACUCUUUGAUACCAGUUUUUAAAUAGUUUUCCAUGCUUGCUUUUUGUACUGUACACAGACUCCCAAUAAAGGUCAGUGCCUUACUCUUUGCAGAA